CCGGUCCCGCCGUGUCCCGCCCGGGGCGGGGCCGAGCCGAGCUGUGCCGGGCGGCGCCGCCGCCCCCGCGGCAGGUGCGAGCACAGCAUGGCCCGGCGGGGCGGGCCGGAGCGGCUGCGGGACGAGCUCGUGGACCGGUGCGAGCGGCUCCAGCUGCAGAGCGCGGCCAUCGCCCGGCACGUGGAUGAGGUGCUGCCUGCCAAGGACCAGGCUGUCCUGAACGCGGCCAGCGCGGCGCGGGAGCUGGUGAUCCAGAGGCUGCUCUUCGUGGGCAAGGCCUGCGAGAACGAGGAGCAGCGGCUGCUGGAGAGGGUGCACGCGGAGGAGGAGAGGGCACACCAGAGCAUCCUGACCCAGCAGGUGCACUGGACAGAGGCUCUGCAGAAGCUGGGAGCCCUCCGGACCUACCUGGUGGACAUGAUCACCAACCUGGAUGACCAGGGCCUGCUGCGCGCAGAACGAGAGAUCUUCGAGAGGACAGAGGUGGCAGAGGGAAUCUUGGAGCCACAGGAGUCCCUGAAGUUAAACUUUAAUCAGACGUGUGUUCAGAGUCCACUCCUGCACCGACUGUGGGCCUCUGCUGUGCUCUGCUGCCUCACAGCAGUGAAGCUGACUCUGCUGGGGAAUCUGUCACAGAAAUCCCUCUUCACCACGUUCAGCACUGGGUUGCUGGGCAUUUUAAAAGAGGGCUCACAGGAGAUUCACAUCAAUGAGAGAACCCUCAGCCCCCACCUCAGCCUGUCAGAGGACAAGAGAACGCUGACCUUCAGUCCCAAGAAAGCCAAGGUGGACUUGGACUGCCCGGAGCGGUUUGACCACUGGCCCAACGCCUUGGCCACUGCAGCUUUCCACUCUGGGCUGUGUGCCUGGAAGGUGGGCGUGGAGCAGAGCUGUGCCUACAAGCUGGGGGUUUGCUACAGCUCCGUGCCCAGGAAGGGCUCUGCCAACGAGGGCCGCCUGGGAUUCAACGCUGCCUCCUGGGUGUUCUCGCGCUAUGACCGGGAAUUCCGGUUCCUGCACGCGGGGCAGCCCCAGCCCGUGGAGCUCAUCAAGGCCCCGGCCCAGAUCGGGGUGCUGGUUGACUUUGCGGGGGGAGAGGUGCUUUUCUACGACCCCGACUCCUGCACUAUCCUCUUCUCCCACAGGGAGACCUUCACGGAGCCCGUCUACCCCGUGUUCGCCGUGGCACACCAGAGCAUCUCACUGGUCCAGUGAGCAGGGCCUGAGUGUGACUGUGUGUGCUCUGCACUGUGCCCUGGGGGGAAAGGAGCCCAGGCAGGGCUGUGGGCUGUGUACAGUGUUCAGACAACACCUGCUUUCACACUACAGCUGUUCUUCACGUGUUUUA